AACAGAUAAGGGGCGCUAAAGGAUAGAGUUGUUAGUAGUACUGGUCUCAACGGAAAAAUCUUUGCCACAAUUCCAAGCCAUUAUAGAAACGUGUGCUGACUAUCAAAUGCUGUCAUGUCAUCGCCUAAGCGGGAGAGUCGUUAAAGGCGGAGUUACAGCGGUCAUUCAGCGGUCGAUGAUGUCAUAACAGCAGACGAACAAACGAGUCAUUUUACAGUGGCUUUCAGUUGGUUGCGACAAGUCGCGGAAAACACUGCCUUCUACUUCGGCUUGGCGCCAUGGACGAGACAGAUCUACAAGGAGACGUCAAUUCGCUCGAAAAGAAUCAAAAGAGAAAACGCAUUCUGGAUGAUAAAGCUUGUGAAGUGUGCGGUGAUCGUUCCACUGGGAAACAUUAUGGAGUGUACUCGUGCGAUGGGUGCAGUGGCUUCUACAAGAGAACGUCCCGACGAGCGGAGCCCUGGCUGUGCAAGGGCCAGGGACAUUGUCCGGUGGAUAAGAGCAGUCGCAAUGACUGUAAAGCUUGUCGGCUCAAGAAAUGUGUCGAGAUUGGCAUGAAUUUAGACGGUGUGUACCGCCGUUCAAGGUUGAGUGAAGAACUAAUUCAAUCACCUCCUUUAGAUGGUUCAGCAGUCAAUGCACAUAGUGACAUGCGCACUGAGGCGUCACCAUCGCCGGAAGCUCUUGGUUUUCCUGUUGCGACUUCACAAAUAAGGCUUGCUCAAAUAAAAACAGUGAUGGUCAAAACAGAAGAGCAGCCGCAUCAACAACACCAGCAGCUUACGGAACAGCAAAAAGUUACAGAAGAACGGCAACAUACCACUGAAGAUAUUCAAAAAGCACCUUCCAGUCCGAAAUCUUACGACGAAAGACGAGACGACGAAAUAGUCGCUCGGCAGCCAAACGGAAAUCCUUCGGAAAAUAAUAACCACUACAACCCAAUCCAUCGUGCUUCUCCUUACACUACCCCACUAACGUGUUCACCCAUCCCUAGUCCUGUCAGGGUGUCGUUGACAGUACAGGGGAGUGGCACAAACAUCCGUCCUGGUUUAUCCUCCACACCACUCUCUUCGCAAAGAUUCCAUCCUCCUAUAUCGUCCAUUCAUCAGAACGGACACCAGGGUUCAACCACCUCCUAUCCUAAGCUGCCUAACGGAGAAGCUGCCAUCAACAGCCAUCGGUUGACCUCCACGGCUCUUGUGUCCUUCAGGAACGUCCAAAGGCACUUAAAGCCUUCGCAGAUAAGCCUACCAGAACUCCAUCAGGCGGUGGAACCUCUUUCGUUUCACACUUCUGAGCCUCUCCAAGAUGCCGCUGUGCGUCUUCUGUCGGUGUCACUGAAGUUUGGUCGCAGACUUCCUUGCUUCAGGCGCCUGCCUUUUCGUGACCAAGUUAUCCUUUUAGAAGAAGGGUGGAAAGAAAUGUUGCUUCUGGAUUCAGUUUUCUGGAUGCUGUCACCAGGGGGUGCCAUUGAGGCAGAAAGCAAUCAGCGACGUGAACAAGAAUUUAAAAACAUGCAAGAGGCUCUUACGCCUUUGAAAUCACUCAAGUUGGACAGCUCUGAAUACGCAUGUCUCAAGGCUGUCAUCCUCUUCAGGACAAAUACUCAGGGUCUGAAAGCAGCAGAUCAAGUCGAAGAACUUCAAGACGAAGCUCAGCUUAUACUUGCAGAUUACAUUUGGUCCAGACUCCCAGCUCAACCCGCUCGCUUUGGUAAAAUACUACUAAGCGUGGCUGCGCUGCGCAGUCUCGCCGAGAAACCAAUUGAACACUUGUUUUUUAGCUCUAUUCCCGCCAAAGACAUGUUUGAAUCCAUAUUAUCACAAGUGAUAAGUUCUAACUGAAUAUUUACAGCGGAAAUGAACCUCCUCUUCUUCUGAUAAAGGCUAAGAGCUUUCCUUGCCUAAUUUUAAGGCUAACUGGUUUUUAUAUCUCAGUAAAGUAAUUUAUCUUGAAUUUUCUUGUUGUAAAUAAGGCAUCUAGGUGAGAUCCUUCAGAAACCUCCGAGCUUUCAAUUAUAUAAUCAAGAUUACAGGAAUCAAAGGUUCUGUCUCAAUAUCGUUCUUGCGGUUGAGUUUCAGGAAAGGAUAUUGUUCUCUUAUCUUAUUGUGAGAAAUAAAGGAAUAAUUUUUCACCAUGUGAACGGUGACAGCUCGAAA